AUGGUUUCACCGGCUAUCUGCAUUUUAACAACCGCACUGUGCCUUUCAAGUGGGUUUCAACAGGGCUAUAUCGCUAACGUCUUAAAUCAACCGUAUGUGGCAAUUGAAAAUUUUAUCAACGCAUCAUGGAUUCAGCGGUACGGAAAACCAGUGGAACCAAACACUCUGCUCGAACCAGAAACACGUAAAAGUAGCGAGCUUGAAUCACAGUAUCAGAAUGCUUAUUUGCAGAAACUGCUGCCGAUAGAUUAUUUGCGCGUCUCAGAAUUGUUGACUGAUAGAGUUUUAAGAAUAGAGGCGCCACAGAGAAAGCAGUAUAAUUUGUGGUGGCAAGUUUUUCAGAAUGUAAUAUGGUCUUCGCUGAAUAUCGUUUUCCCUACUGCAGGAAUACUUGGACAGUUCCUGGCAGCUUAUUUGUGUCGUAGAUUCGGACGGAAAAAAACUGCGAUUAUUUCGUCAUUCAUAUAUCUUCCUGGUGUUGCACUAUCGUAUUUAGCGAAGACAUUUGCCCCCUAUUUUGAGUUGCUGUUUGUUGGACGAUUCAUCUGGUCACUUGCGAACGGCAUUCUUACUGUGACAGCCACCGUAUGGAUUGUAGAAUGUGUUCCUACUGAUGAAAGGGGACGAAUGGCGUCAUUGCAAGAAGUUUUCAUGGCUUCCGGCAGCUUGCUUUGUCAAACAGUUGGGAUUCCGGUUUCAACUGACGAAUUAUGGCCAGAUAUUUUUAUACCUCCAUUAGUGGUAUCAGUUAUUGCAACUAUAACGUUUUGCUUCACUUACGAAUCACCACAGUAUAUAAUUGAUUACGAAAAAAACAUACAGAAGUUAAUACCUUCUUUCAAGGCCCGAAAUGCGCUGACUUUUUAUCAUGGAAGAAAAACAACUUCUGCAGCAAUUGAGGAGGAACUAAAAGUGUGCGCCGAGAACACGGUGGAAAAGACGCAGAAAAAGAAAGAAGAGAAAGCAGGAUCAAGUGGGAAUUUGAGCGGUUUAACAGUGAUGUUUAAUCCGCUGAAAGCAAGCGAUCCAAAAUCUAAAGCCAUUCGAACUGCGGCUUGGCUUGGGGUUGUAGUUAAGAUAGCUUAUGUUUUCACAGGUGCUAGAUGCCUUCGAGCUUAUAGUACCUUUGUCCUACAUUACAUGGGGAAAUGGGAAUUGUCUAAAGCUUUAUUUUUAUCUUUUGUUAUCGGUUUCUUACGGGUUCCAUUUACUUUUGCUCCAGUGCUGUUGGUUGAAAGAGUUGGAAGACGUCCAUUAAUUUAUGGUUCAAUGAUUUUAUCAUUUUUUACACAACUUCUUCUCAUGAUUAGUGUAUUUGCUGGCGAAUCAUGGAAGGUUGGGACUUUCGCCGGGUUGUCUGGUUUGUUGUUGGUGAAUGCAUGCGGUUUGGGAUCAAUAUCAAGGUUUUAUUCGGCUGAGUUGGUUCCAAGAUCACUGCUUAUUGAUACUGUUUCAAUCCUCACUGCUGCUGAAGCGAUUACGAAGGUUUCAGUAGAAUUUGCCUUCUUUCCAAUGGCACAUAUUAUUGGUGGGAGCUCAAUAUUAUUUUUUGCAAUUCCGACUGCAUUAUUGGCUUUUGUAACGUGGUAUUCUUGCCCGGAAACAAAAGGCAAACCAGUUAACGAAGUCUUAGAAGCCAUUGAAAAAAGGCAGAAUACGGAGGAGAAACUUGGGAUAAUGGUCAGUAAAUCUGUUCCUUCUUGA